AUGAGCGGGGACGGGGGGGUCCCCCGGACCGCACCACCCUCCCCGGCCGCCAAGCGCCGCCGCCCGGACCCGCUGCUGAAGGAGACCGAGGCCGCCCAGGCGCUGACCCAGCUGACGGCCUGGAGGGGCCUGGAAACCGCCGGGCGGCAGGGGGCGCCCGCGGCCCGGGGGGGCCUGGAAACUGCCACCCCCCUGCGGGGCCGCCUAGACACCCUUGGCAGGGGGCAGGGGAGCCCCAACACCGCCAGUGGCAGGAAGGGGGGCCAAGAAACUUCUGAGGGGGGGAGGAGCCCCCAAAGAAGGGGGUCCUGGAAACCCCAGCUACAAAGACGGGGAGGCUUGACACCACCGCCACUGAGGGGAAGGGAGGCCUGGAAACCCCAGCUACAAAGACGGGGAGGCUUGACACCGCCGCCACUGAGGGGAAGGGGGUCCUGGAAACCCCAGCUACAAAGACGGGGAGGCUUGACACCACCGCCACUGAGAGGAAGGGAGGCCUGGAAACCACAGCUACAAAGACGGGGAGGCUUGACACCACCGCCACUGAGGGGAAGGGAGGCCUGGAAACCCCAGCUACAAAGACGGGGAGGCUUGACACCGCCGCCACUGAGGGGAAGGGAGGUCCUGGAAACCACAGCUAAAAAGACGGGGAGGCUUGACACCACCGCCACUGAGGGGAAGGGGAUUCUGGAAACCCCAGCUACAAAGACGGGGAGGCUUGACACCACCGCCACUGAGGGGAAGGGGGUCCUGGAAACCCCAGCUACAAAGACGGGGAGGCUUGACACCACCGCCACUGAGGGGAAGGGAGGCCUGGAAGCUGCUGAUGGCCGGGAGGGGCGCAGGAAGAGGAGGGCGGAGGAGGAGUGCUCCAUCAUCUCGGUGGGGGAGGAGGAGGAGGAGGAGGAGGGGACCGCGGCGGCCCAGCCGGCCCCGGACACGGAGAAGUACCUGGAGGCGCUGGAGGCGGUGCAGCUGGAGCUGGAGGCGGUGAAUGAGCAGGCCGGCUGCGCCUUCCGCAUCCUCAGGGCCAAGUUCGGCCACAUGCGCCGGCCCCACCUCGAGCGCCGCAACCGCAUCAUCCAGAACAUCCCCGGCUUCUGGGUCAGCGCCUUCCUCAAUCACCCCCAGUUGUCGGCCAUGAUCAGCGACCGCGACGAGGACGCCCUGAGCUACAUGACCAACCUGCAAGUGGAGGAGUUGACUCACACCAAGUCGGGGUGUAAGAUCAAGUUCUACUUCAGUGGGAGCCCCUACUUCCAGAACGAGGUGAUCGUCAAGGAGUUCCAGCCGGCCUCCUCAGGCAGGCUGGUGUCGCACUCCACCCCCAUCCGCUGGUGGAGGGGCCAGGACCCCCGUGCCCACGGCUGCAAGAGCCCCGAGAUGGGGCGCAGCUUCUUCAGCUGGUUCGGGGACCACAGCUUCCCUGCCGGUGACCGGAUCGCUGAGAUCAUCAAGGAGGACCUCUGGCCCAAUCCCCUGCAGUACUAUCUGAUGGGUGAGAAUGGGGGCGCCGGGGAUGACAGUGGGACGGAGCACGGGGAUGACUGCGUGGUGAUCGUGGACGACGAGGGGGAGGAGGACGAGGUGCAGGAAAUCAUGGACGAGGAAGAGGAUGGCAAGGAAGGCAGUGCGGCGGAGGAGCUGAUGGCGGAGUCGGCUGGCCCGGGCUCAGAGCCGGAGGAAGAUGGAUGAUCCCCACACCCCCCCAGCCCCACCAGCCCCCGAAGAUGGACCAGGAUCCCCCCCCCCGACGCCCCCUGCUGGGGUUGGACUCUGUGACUGAGCUUUGUCCACGGCCCCCGGCUCAGGGCUUGGGGCAAUUAAUCGCAUCCCUUCAGUUAUUGAGGGCAGCUGCAGUUCCCAGCCUGGACACUGGGGGGCAGCGCGCCCCUGCCCUGUCAUGAGUGGGGCAGUCAUCUGGGCGGGCCCUGGGCCUGCUGCAGUCGGGUAUCAGCCCAGGGCUCUGGGGGCAUGGUGGGUAAAUACCCCCCCAGUGGCUGGUGGGGCCCUGCCUGGCCACGGGAGAGGGGCAUUGUGGGUAAAUACCCCCCCAGUGGCUGGUGGGGCCCUGCCUGGCCGCGGGAGAGGGGCAUGGUGAGUAAACCCCCCCCCCAGUGGCUGGUGGGGCCCUGCCUGGCCGCGGGAGAGGGGCAUUGUGGGUAAAUACCCCCCCAGUGGCUGGUGGGGCCCUGCCUGGCCGCGGGAGAGGGGCAUGGUGGGUAAAUACCCCCCCAGUGGCUGGUGGGGCCCUGCCUGGCAGUGGGAGAGGGGCAUUGUGGGUAAAUACCCCCCCCACUGCCAGGUGAGUCCCUGGCUGGCUGCGGGAGAGGGGCAUUGUGGGUAAAUACCCCUCCCCAGUGGCUGGUGGGGCCCUGCCUGGCCACGGGAGAGGGGCAUUGUGGGUAAAUACCCCCCCCCACUGCCAGGUGAGUCCCUGGCUGGCCGCGGGAGAGGGGCAUUGUGGGUAAAUACCCCUCCCCAGUGGCUGGUGGGGCCCUGCCUGGCCACGGGAGAGGGGCAUUGUGGGUAACCCCCCUCCCCAGUGGCUGGUGGGGCCCUGCGCCUCCAGUGGCCUGUUCCAUGCAGCUCAGGGUCUCUUGUUCCAUUAAUUAAUUGUGUUAAGUGGCUGGCCGAUAACACGCCCCCCCCAGCCUGGGGCCCCCCAGGACCCACUGCCAGCCUCAGUUCCCCCCCCAGGCUGCUUCCUGCACCUUUACUGCACCCCCCCAGCUCAAUCCCAUCAGCCCCUGGGGUUGGGCACAACUGUGCCCAUCCGUGGGGGGAGUUUAUAACCCCCUCAUGGCAGCCAUGUGAUCUGCCUGUCUGCUGGGGGGCACCGUGGGGCAGGGCGGGGCGCUCCUCAGAUGUCUUGUAACUGAGUGGAGGCGCUGGGCUAGUGGGCACCUGGUGCCCCCCCAUGGCCACCCUAUGCAAUGCUACUGAGGGGGGGGGUGGCACCCGGGCAGGGGGGUGUUGGAUGUGGCCCCCUGAAAACAAAGCACUUAAUAUACAGAGAGAUUUCA